ACCACUCCUCCCCCCACGACCCGCAGCCCAAACCCUAACCCCUCUCCCUCGAUUGGACCGCCGCCGCCACCCACCGUCUCGCCGAUCCCGCUGCGACCUCCCCUCCCACCUUAAGCCACUCCUCCUCACCGCCGCCACCCACCGUCCCGUCUGACCUCGCCGCCAGCCGCCGCUCCCGCUCUCUCCCCCCCACACACACACACACCUGCCGCCCCCUCCCUCUCCUCCUCCCAUCAGAAGAGAAGAGGGAUCUCGCGCGGAUCGCACCAGGGCGUCGAUCUGGACCUUCGUCUGCACGAGGGGACGGUUGCGUCUCGUCCUCGCCCCACCUCAGGCGGGGUCCAGAUCGAGCCGGACUCGCGUCGUCGUCAAGAGCCGACCUCGACGGAGAUGAGAGGAACCCUUCUUCCUCCGUCUUCCUUCGACCUCGACCUCGGCAUGUCGCUCCCCAGCUACUCCGACUCCGCCAAGGUCGCCUACGUCCUCCAGGCUGCCCUGAUGUCUGCCAUUUACGAGGAGAACAAGGACGAGGACGGCUUCCUCUACAUGACCUACAGCGGCGAGAACACCUUCGGAUUGCUCUAUAUGGCGCUGGCUGCCACGGCAAUCGCUCUGAAUGCCUCCUGUGUCGUGCUGGCGACCGGGUUCGGAGCGCUCAUAUCGAAGGUGGCCGAGCACUGGUACGAGCUCUACAAGAUGGACAAGCAGGGGGGCAACCUCUGGUUCAUCUACUGGUGGGAGGACAAGGUCUCAGGCUGCAGCCUGGGCACAGGUACUGCCUCCUCGGCCAGCUCUCCAAGGAGGUCGGAUGGAACUACGCCGACACCAUCAGGAUGUUCGGGGUGGCGGAGAAGGAGAUGGAGUACCGGGUCAAGCUUUUCAACCGGCGAAUUUGGGGCUGAGGAAAGAAGACAAGGAGCAACUUCUCUCUGGUCUGGUGGUUGAAACUUCAGGACAAGGUGAAGGUUUUCAAAUGUUGAAGGAGCAUGACAAUAGGAACUUCUGUGAUGUCUUGUCAUCUAUUUUAUUUUCUUUUCUGUAGAAUAGUUUUGUUUGGCACUUACUGGUACCUUGGAUGUAAAGAUAUGUACUGCUAGAACGAAUGCAUGUAAAGAUAUUUUGGGCUCCUAUAACAUUUCAUGUUGCUUUGAAAAUGUAUCGGAACUGGGCUAGGCCCAAGAUAGCUUGUAGUGUGAUGUGUUGUAAUGUCAAUGGCAUAAUAAAAAAAGUUGGACUGGAUCAA